AUGAGAGUGAAGAGGAAGUGUCCAGGGUUUGUGCUGUCUCUGAGGAUGCCCAUAACCCUCAGACCCAAAGGCUCAAACAAUCCCUCGAGUGACCGUGCAUCGGCAACGACAGCCCUCGUCAAGCGUCUUUACGAUGCACUCUCCACCGUCAUCCUCCCCCACCUCUGGGCCUCACCAGCCGCCCUCUGUGCCUCACCUCCAGGGGUGGUGUUCCACUACAAGACGCCCGCCGCCCGCUACACCCUGACCUUCGCCGACGCCCAGCUGGCCUGCCAGGAGAACUCCGCCCAGAUGGCCACGCCGGCCCAGCUGUGGGCCGCCUUCGACGACGGCUUCACGAGCUGCGCCGCCGGCUGGCUGUCGGACCAGAGCGUCCGCUACUCUGUUCAGAUGCCGGAGCUCGGUUGCUAUGGACACAAGGAGUUUGCUGCCGGAGUGAGAAAUUAUGGAAAGAGGGACCCCAAGGAACUGUUCGACGUCUACUGUUUCGCCAGGGAGCUGGACGGGGAGGUGUUCCACUCCUCGGUCCCGGGCCGGCUGUCCCUGACCUCGGCCUCGGACCGCUGCGUGUCUCUGGGGGGCCAGCUGGCCACCGUGGGGCAGCUCUACCUGGCCUGGAAGGCCGGCCUGGACAGCUGCGCCCCGGGCUGGCUGUCGGACGGCAGCGUGCGCUACCCCGUGAGCUGGCCCCGCCCCGAGUGCGGCGGCGACCUGCCCGGCGUGCGCGCGGUGGCGUCCAACGCGUCGUCGUCGUCGGAGGGGAACGCCACGGCGGCGCUCUACGACGCCUACUGCUACAGAGGCAACGGGAAGAUCAAAGGCUCCAUCUCUAAGAUCUUCACCUCCAUGUGGAAACAUCCAGACAGCUUCAUUGGUGGUCAGGACCUGUCCCCCUCCAACUGGACCGGCUUGGUGAUAGAAGACGAGGCCAUCCACAGUGGAGAAGCUUCUUCAGACCCCUGGCCCUCAGAGUCCACAGAGCAGUAUGUGACGCUGAACAUCAGCCCAGGGCAGACCAGCUUCGACUGGGGAGACCCCAUGGAGCAGAGGAUGGACUCUGACAUGUUCCUGAGACCCCAAGCCCUUGCACCACCUACCUGCCCCCCACUUCGACCGGGAAGAAGUCCAUCUGGAAGCCGUGGGGCUACCUCUCUGGGCAGGACGAGGACGAGGGAGAGGAGCCCGGCGUCCCCCAGCGCAGCCCCAGAGACGGAGCCGACGACCCAGAACCAGGAGGAGGGGCAGGCAGAGGUGGGGUCGACCACAGCCAGCCCGGCGUCUCCAGGUGUGUUCUCCUGGGAGUCCUGGUUUGGCGUCACCUCAAAGGAGAACUCUGAGACCAAAAGCAAAUCCGCCAUUAGUCAGCCGUCCUCAGCCUCCACCGACCCAGCUCUGACCACCGAACGCCCCGACGCCACCGAGGGGAACGCAGAGCAGACCCAGACACCCACCGCCUCCAGCUCUACUGCUGAAACAGAAACCGUCACCAGAGGGGGAGCCUGGGUCAUGGUGUCCUCCUCCUCCUCCUCCUCCUCCUCCUCCCAGGCAACGUCCUCCACCCAGCCAGGGGACCGGAGGACGGAGACGGCGACCUCCAAGGCCGGCAGAGGUCGUGGGAGGGGGAAGAAGAGGGGGGAGGACCGGGGGAGAGGAGGCGACAAGAGCAGAGCGGGAGAGGAGGAGGGGAGCGGGAGGCGGCCGGCUCUGAGGCCAAAAGGAGAGGUGCAGUUCACCCGUCGCCUGGCGGGAACCAGUAAGCCGAGGGAGAGGUCCAGAGAGAGGUCCAGAGAGAGGGGGCACCGGAGAGGGCAGACCACCACCACCACCACCACCGCCACCAGCCACCGCCAGCCCGACCGCUGCAACGAGUACUUCUCAGUCCAUGGAGAACGGGUCGGAGAGAAUGGACUCCGAUCCAUGUCCCCGUCUGCUUUAUCGGCGUCCGUUGCGCCGUACAACACAGACUCUGGAACCACGUACCAAGGUCAAAAGCUGUCCCCGAACACACCACCGUCAGCAAUGCCCUCCCCUCCUCCUCCUCCUCCUCCUCCUCCUCCUCCUCCUCCUCCUCCUCCUCCUCAUCCCUCUCCAUCCCCAUCCCAGACCCAGGCGUCUUCAUCAUCCUCCUCCUCCUCUUCCUCCUCCACUGCAUCUGCACCCACAUCUCCCUCGUCGUCCCCGUCCUCAUCUUCAACCCUUCUGCCCACCGAGUCGACGAGCCGGUACCCAGCUCCAUCCCUGGCUCCCGCGUCCCCGGUCCGGACCCCGUUCGGUGCCCCCACCUCCGCCCCGCCCUCCCCCCAGUCUCCGUCCCGCUCCUUGCCGCCGUCCCUGUUUGAAUCCCCGUCGUCGUUCCUGACCCCGUCCCUGCACCAAGCCUCUUCCGAGGCCGAGGGGGCGAGAGGGGGGUGUCCCCCAGACCCCCAGGACCCUCCAGGGACAGCUCCACGUCUCCCUCCACUGGGCCCCCCCGGGGCCGGGGUAUCCCCAGGGGGUGGAGCAGGCUCCCUGUACUACCCGCCCCCCGUGGAGGAGGAGGAGCCCGCCUGGUCCCGCUCCCUGGGGUCCGGGGCCCUGCUACGGAACAUGGAGGAGGACGUGGGCGGAGUCAACCUCACCAGCACCCCCACCGCCUCAGCAGGGGAGCAGCAGCCGUGCGUGACCGACCCCUGUCUCCACGGAGGGCGCUGCCUGCCUCAGGGCCGGGGAUACAGCUGCUACUGUCCACAAGGGUACACCGGGGAGAACUGUGAGAUCGAUGUGGACGAUUGCCAGUCAGACCCUUGCGAGAACGGAGGAACCUGCAUCGACAAAAUUGAUUCAUUCGUUUGCCUUUGUCUGCCGAGCUAUGAAGGGGAGAUGUGUGAGAAAGACAUCGAGGGCUGUGAGCACGGCUGGCAGAAGUUCCAUGGCCACUGCUACAGGUACUUCACCCACAGACACACCUGGGAGGACGCGGAGAAGGACUGCCGAGAGCACAGCGCACACCUCAGCAGCGUCACCUCCUCCACCGAGCAGGACUUCAUCAACGGUCUGGGUCAUGACAAUGCCUGGAUCGGCCUGAACGACCGCACCGUCGAGGAAGACUUCCAGUGGACCGACAGCAACGACCUGGUGUACGAGAACUGGAGGGAGAGCCAGCCAGACAACUUCUUUGCAGGCGGGGAGGACUGCGUGGUGACCAUCGCCCAUGAGGACGGCAAGUGGAACGACGUGCCCUGCAACUACAACCUGCCCUACAUCUGCAAGAAGGGAACAGUGUUGUGUGGAGCUCCGCCUACGGUGGAGAACGCCCAUUUGAUUGGCCGCCGAAGGUCCCACUACGAUAUCCACUCAGUGGUGCGCUACCAGUGCUCCGAGGGCUUUUACCAGCGCCAUAUUCCCACCACUCGUUGCCGUGCCGACGGCGACUGGGAGCGUCCCAAGAUCAUCUGCACAAAGUCUCGAAGGUCCCACCGCUACAGACGUCACCACCGCCAGCACAGAGAGCGCCGCAGCCACCGGCGGCACGGCGCGGAGGGACACAGAGCCCGAGAGGACGCCCACGACCACUACUGAACCCAGGCGUAACCGGCCUCCCCCCCCCCACCACCACCACCCCCCACCCACCCUCCAACCACUCACCAACCGCCACCCAUAAAGAAAGACAAUUCGUCCUAGUAUAACACCCUAAUGGUUCCAUUCACACACCUAACACGUUUCAGAGAAGAGAAUCCCAGGAUUCCUCUUGUUUAUCGCUUCCCCCCCCCCACUGCUCCUCCUAACGAUAGCCGACUGAGAUAAGGUAUUCUGGAGGGGGUUUCCUUCCCUGCCUCCCACCCGCUGGUCCACAUGAACACUAAACCGUUGAAUCUACCGUUUUAAUGCACCACGACGUCUAAUAAUCCGACCCGUUCCUAAACAUGUCCAUGACUAACCACCCGACCGGCCCCCUCUGAAGCUGGUGAGUCUCGUGCGCUUUGCCUGUGCGUGUGUGCAUGUCAAGAGGAGAUGGUGAGAGCGGUUUAGGGGGCGUUUUAUUUUGACGUUUUAAGUUGACUUGUUCUUAAAGGGAGAAAAAAAUAAAGACAUUCAUCCGAGCAAAGCACACAGAUGUAUUCGAUGCAAGAUGGCUUACGGUUCCCAUAACCCUUUCUUGAGAUUUUCGUACGUGUCGUAAUGGUUCUUUUGUUUUCAUUGAACGCCUGAAUAGCUAGCUUUAUCCUUAGUAUAUGUUUUUCUAACAUUUGCUAUAUAUUUGUUUACUUUGUGCAAUGUAUUUAUUAUUAACCGUUUGCUAGUGGAUAGGUUUUUAUACAUAUAAUUAAGAGUUUAACAUUUGAUACACCGCCACACCAUUCAUACGGUCAAUAAGUAACAACACAGAUCAUUUCAUUUCUACUGAUUUGUUUCCUGUACAUAUUGUUAUCUAUUGCAGCUAACAGUUUUUCAUCACUGCAAGCACUCAACUGAAUUAGACGAUUUGACAAUAUGGCUUAGCUCUCGAGUACGUUAACAAAUUCCCAAGAUAACUGCUGACUGGUCAGAAAAGCUGGACACAAAGCACUUCACUCGUUGGACGGCUAGAUUGACGUGAUAGGUAAGGUGCCCAGACUGUUGCUCCGGUCCCUUGGAUAAAAGGAUCACAACUUCUACUUUUUUGGUGUUCUUAUGAUUUAUUUUGUCCCGCUGUUGUGUUUCAUUCUUAAUAAAGAUGGAAAAACCAAGA